UGCGGAUGAGUGGCAUGUUUUAUCCGGACGUUUUAUGGUUACGGUUUCAGCAAACGAACGAAUCCUUGACGCCGCUGCCUUCGCCGUAGCGCUAGCCACGUACCUAAUGCAAGGGCCGUCAUACCAGCCACAGCUACAUGCAAACUCCAUCGUCCUCCUCCUGCCACAGUCGACAUGUCCAGUUCCGUGGAAGGAAUCGAGCAAUUCGUGGGGCGAUCCCGCCUUGGCCAACGUGGUGCCAGCGGCGCACGGUUACCAUGUAGAUCCAACGUUUGACACGAUUCGUCGGCAUAGUGCGUGAUCGUUUGAGCGUAGCAGUUGACUACGACAUACUUGCGCGGCGAAAACUCCACGCACGCUCCAUGGAGGACAAGGCUGUGGGCAUGAUCGUCGUCGGAGUCGUAGUUCGUCAAGUGCAUGUACGAGCUAUCAUGGGCAUAGUCCUUCCAUCGCGGUGGAAUAAGGUUCAAUUCAAAAGCAUUGACGCAUGAUUGGGUAUCGUGGGCAACGGCCACAACGCCUGACAGUGUCGCCACGUAUGUGAGCACCCCCGUACAAUCUGCAUUUUCAAAACGCUUCAAGUACUUGAGCGCCGGUGGCGGAAGAGGCAUGGAUGACACGGCGACGUCAUUCAGCACCGAACAUUCCACUUGGGGGCUAGUGAUGUCUACCACGGGCACUGGAUGGGAGCAAUUCGCAUCCGUAUACAAGGCGUGGGUCAUGGCAGAGCAGUUAACAAAAGCAAACAACCGAGGGGCGAGGCCAGUGGGAACGCACGUGCCGUCCAGCACCACGUCCGUGGCGUACUCGCGACGGAUCUGCAUGUACUGCCGACCCUCCAUGAACUGGCUGGUGUGCGUCGCCGUUUCCACCCCCGCCGCGCAGGACCGCAGCGAGUCGUAGUUGACGCUCGGCCCCGACCGGACAUGGACAAGACCCCCCGAGCAGUCACUGUGAGCGUACACGUUCAAGUACUUUGGCUCCAUAACUGAAAAAAAUGUAGAUAGAUGAAGUCCGCCGCCAUGAUAUUCAACACGGCGGUGACUCUUUCGACAGACA